AUUUUUUACUAUUGUGUAAUUUUUAGUAUUUUUUUUUUGCGUCUUCGCUUGAAACUCUUCUCGAAUAGGAAAAAUUCAUAUCCUAAGAUUAACAAGAGGACAAAGUAAAAGUGAAGUUGUGAUGGCAAGAGCUAGCAUGGGCAUAAUUGUAAUAACCUAAGAAAUAUAUUACUCACACAAAUGAAAUGCUAUAUUAUACUAUAUCAAGAAACCUAAUCGACUUUGCAAGAGAUGCUAAAAUCACCUUCUUGUGGGUGAGUUUGUAAUCAACAAGAAGUGCAUGAAUACCCUAAUAGGCUACUACUAUUUAUUUAAGUACAUACUACUUACAAUCUACCUUUAAUCUAUGAUGUUGCUAACAAUGGAGAGAAGAAAUAUUCAUCUUAUUUUUCUCAUAGCUACAUUUCUAUCAAUGAUAUCCAAAUCAAACGGUCAAUUUAGACCAUCACCUACAACGCGACUCCCAACAUUCCCUGCCCUACGUCCACUAUGCUUGUCACAAUUUACGCUAGUUAACCAUGCAUGUUCUGUGCUUCCUUAUUCGCCAAUGUCGUCAUCCCCUCCUAAGCCACCAUCUUCGCCUCCACCUUCACCUCCCGCUCCAAGUGUGGGUGCACAAUCCCCAUGCUCCCCGACAAAUACGAGUCGUAGGCACAGGCAUCACCACCGACACAGAAGUAACAACACCAGCAAUAAUGAGUCACAUCUUAGUGUUGCGGAAGAUGAAUGUUGUCGUUGGUUGAAAGAAGUAGAUACUCAAUGUGUUUGUGAUUUGCUUGUUCGUUUGCCAGUUUUCUUGGCUAAACCUGCUCAUGAUUAUACGGUGGUUGUCACUGAUGAUUGUAGUGUUACGUAUCAUUGCCUAGGACGGGUUAUAACGUGAAAAAUUUUAUAAGAUCAUAAGAUGGGCAAUUCUCUAACCUUUAAAUAAGAGCAACUAGAAACAGUGCAGAGCCUCGAAUUCAUUUGGAUUUGGAGCCUCAAAUUUGCUGGAGAUUCAAUCUCUACUUUUAUACUAUAAUAAAAAAAUACAAUAAUUGCAUAGUCAUAUUUCUUUUAGUUUCUUAUUUCGUUGGUUAUAUAUUGACUAGGUAUUUUUUUAAUAACAGUUACAAUUUCUCAAAAUAAUAAUUUAGAUAUUUCACAAUUGUAGGCCAAUAGUGAUUUUAUAAGACUUGGAGCAAAUUUUAAUAUUUUGCUCAAUUCUCCAUGAGACUAACACACUUAUAAAUAAUACUUUCAGUUGUUUGCAAAUGACUAUAUCAUAAACUUUUGAAAUAAUAACUGUUUGCGUAAUUGCAUAUAAUAAUG